AUGAUUAAACAUAACAUAAAUUAUUAUGAAAGGAAAGAGGUAAUUAAAAGGAAUGUAGACGAGGCUCGAUUAAAACUAUUUAACAGUAUACCUAAACUUUCGUUAUUUCAUUUAGACAAUAUAGAAUAUAAAAAUGGAGAAAUAAAAGAGUCUAAACAAACUGAAGGUGUAAAAAAAAAAACAAAACUUUUAGAUAAAACUAAAUUAAAAAAAAUAAAAAAUAAUGAACCAUAUGGUGCCAAUAAAAAGGACUAUACAAUUCAUCAAAAAUCCAAUAACCAAAUUAACAGAAAAAGUAAAGAACUUAUUAAAAAUAUAUACAGUAAUAAUAAAUAUUUAGAUUUAUCAAAACUAAGGAAAACUGUUUUAGACAACUUAAAUAAUGAUGAUAAAAAAAACGAUCAAUUAUUCACACUUUCUUUAAAUGUAAAGAAUAAUAAAAAAAAUAAAUUGAAUAAUAUUGAUAUAAAGGGAAAGAAUAAUAAAUCUCAACCUCAUGUUAAUAAACCAAAUGUUGGUCGUACAAAUAAGGAUGGCGUGAAAAUAGUUCCUGUUCUUAAUGUGAAAUUUAACAAAAUCGAUAAAACUGAUAGAUUAUAUAGUGAUAAUAAUAAUAUAGGAACCAAAAAAAAUACAAAAAAUAGUUGUACUUGUAAUAGAGACAAAAGCAAAAUGCCCAAUCAUUUGUGUUCUGGAAAAAGUAAUAAAGAAAGUGAACAUUUAGCUAGUUGUGAUAUUAAAGGCAAAAAAAAAAAAAAAAUAAUAGUAAAAAAUAUGAUUGUAAGUGAAAAGAAAUAUUUAAAGAAAGGUAAUUUAAAAAUUAUGCCCAAAGAAGUGAAAAGUAUAAAAAAAGAAACAGAUAAAAAGUUUUCAUUACAAAAAUUGACAUUAUGUAGUAAGAAUAAAAUCCCAAACAUUAAUGAAAAAAAAAAAGAAAAAAAAAUACAAAAUGAUACAUUGUGUCGUUCCAUAAAAAAUAAAAGAAAUGAACUUGUUACUCAACUGAGAAAUAAAACAAUGUCAAUCAAAUAUAGUAUGGAAGAAAAAGGAUAUAAGCCCAUUAGCAUUAUAUCAAAUAUAACUACCAAACUAAAGGAUGAUAUUUGUGAUGAAGGGAAAAUACCUAAUAAAAAAAGAAUUCAAAAAACUAGCAAAUUUUGUUUAGGAUGGAAAAAGGAUAACAAAAACAUGGGUAUAUUUUCGUAUAGCAGUGAGACUGAAGAAAUUGAGGAAGCGCAUGGAACUGAAAACGAAGAAAUAAAUAAGGAAAUAAAAAAUAGCACAAUCGAAAAAAUAGACAGCAUUACAAAAGAUGAGUUUAUAACAAACAUAGAUACCGAAUUAAGAGACAAAAAAAUGAAUUCCACAAAUUUUCUUUGGGAAAAAAAUUGUCUACAAAAUAGUUAUGAAGAUAAAAAAUAUACUAAUGAAGAAGGAAAUGACCUUAUAAAUAGUAAUAAUAUAAUGAAAAAAAAAAGAUCAAAAAGCUUAAAUAGUAUAAAUGAUAUAUCUCCUUUCAAUUCUAUAUUAGUUACAAAUGACCUUAGGAUAAAAAUGUGUUAUAGUAAUAAUUAUAUAGAUAUAAAAAAAGCUAUUCAUGAUGAUAUUAUUAAAAAUAAAGAUAAAAAUAUAGAUCAAAAUAAAAAAAUACCCAUAUCAAUAAACAAUUAUAAUAUAUUAAAUUCGAGUGAUGAUUUAUUUUUAAUUUCAAUGGAUUCUGAAAAAACAAGAUCAAGUUAUAUUUUACAAAAAAAAAAAAAUUCACAUACAACUAUAAAUAAUACUACCAAUUUAGCACUUGAUAACAAUUUGAAUGAUGAAGAAACAUUUUUUAAUCUAGGACAUGAAAAUGGUUUUUCAAAUAGUUUGUUAUAUAAAAGGGAUUUAUGUAAAUGUGACAACAAUUCUAUAUGUAACUAUUGUACUUAUAAAAUACAGAACAAGCCAGUUUACAAUAAACAACUAUUUAGUAGUAUCAAAUUAACUAGUGCUAAUAAAAUAGAAUUAUGGAGUGAUCAAAUGAUGGAUUCCAUAUUUUAUCCUGAAAAUGAAAAAAUAAAAUUGGAUAAAAAAAUAUCUACAUAUCCUCACUUUGAUCAUAAAAGUGUUUUGUUUGAACCCAAUAAAAAUCCAUCAUCACAUUGUAACACUUUAACAGAAUCAAAUAUAUUUAUUUUUGAUAUCGUUGAUGAAAAUUGUUCAAAGUUUAUAGAAAAUGAAAAUACCAAUAACAACAUAUCCAAUGGUGAAGUACAGGACUUAAAAGAAAAAGAAAAUACCAAUUUAAAUGAAAAAAAUAGUACAAAAGAUCGAAAAACAAAAAACAAAAAGAUGAUUAACAAUGUUACAUUGAAAAAGUGUAAAGAUGAACAUAAGGAAGUUUUAACAAAUCUUAAUGAACAGUCAAAAAAUAAAGACAAAAAAAAAAAAUUAAAAAUUAUUUGUACUAAAAAAAGUAACAGCCAUAGUGUAAACACUUUUAAGGAUGAUAAUAAAAAACAUGAAAUGAUUGUUAAAUCGAAGAAUGGGUGGUAUGCAAAUAUAUCUGAUUUAUCUCAUGAUCCAAGUUCAAGAACAAAGAAAAAAGAAAAGAGACGACCAAAAAAACAAAACCAUAACAACGAUAGUAUUAAUAAAUAUGAAAAUGACUUAAUUUUAUGUCAUUUAAAAAGAGAAGAAAAAAUAAGAAAAAGUGAAAGUAAUCCGUCACAUAUGCCAAAAGAAAGUGCUAAAAAUAGAUCUACAUCUUUGACUGGAAAAAAGAAAGACAUGAAAAAUAGUGUGAACAAAAUAAAAUUAAAAGAAAAAGUUUUGACAAAUAAAUUUUCCGAAAAAUGUAUUGAUUCAUUAAUGGCUUAUAGAAAUAAUUUAAUCAAAAAUGUGGAAGAAGAGGAAGAUAAAAAUGUAGCACAAAAUAUUUGCGAAUUUCAUCAUAGUAAUAUAAAUUUUAAAGAUGAUAAAGAAAAUCAAAUAAAUAAAAUGGCUAUAUUAAAACUUUUAAUAAGUGAUAAAAAUAAAAAAAGUUAUAUAAAAAUUGAGAAAGAAAAUAAAAUAAUAAAACGAUUAAAUACUAACUUAUGUGUUAACAAAAGUAAGCGUAUUAAAAAAAAUAAAACAAAAAAUGGACAAAUAAAAAAACGUAGCUAUAAUUCAAUCAAAGCAAACAUAAUUUUAAAAAGGAAAAGUAAGAUUAAAUCCUUAUUAAAAAGGAAAAAUAAAAAGAUAUUCAAUGGAAAACAAAUAAAUAAUAUAGAAAAAGAAAAUGGAUCAAAUAUAAAAAGUAUUACUAUGGUGAUAAAUGAAAAUUUGGAUAAUUUUAUGAGCAAUAUCAGAUAUGUAAGUAAUUAUAACAACAAUGGAUCCCCUCACACCUUUGAAAGCGUCGAAAGUGAUGGAGAAAAUAAAUCAAGAACUUCAAAAACAGUGAAGCGCACAAAUUUGUGGGAAGAAAUGCAUAUGCCGAUUUGUGGAGAAAACUAUAUUGAGGUUUUACCAAAUGACCAAAAAUAUUUGUGCUUAAAUUGUGAUAAAAAAGAAAUAGAAAAGGAAAUUAAAUAUAGUAUAUAUACAAAAAAAUAUAUCAAAAAAAAAUAUAAUAAUAAAAAAAAAUGCAGCAUAAAGAUGAAAAUAUUAUACAAACGUCUCUAUCAAACAAAAGACACCACUUUUUUUAAAAUACCACAAAAAAUGAUAACAAAAAAUAAUUUUAUCCAUAAUUGUGAAGAUGGAAAAGAAGGGGAAAUACAAACCGGGGAAAAAACGAAGACAAGACUUGACAAUAAAAUAUAUGAUGAUCCGAAUUUGGUUAUAGAUAAUUUUAUACUACCACAAGACACACAAAAGGAUACAAGUAUGAGCAAAAAAAAAAAAAAAAAAAAAAAAAAAUUAACAUUGGACUAUAGAAAUGACAAAGGGGAAAAUGAAAAUAUUACACAUGAUGAUAAAAAUAAAAAAAUAAACUAUAAUAACAUAGUAACAAUCAUAAAAAAUGAACCAAAUUUUACAAAAAAAAAAAUGCCACUAAACAAAUUUAACAGAACUAGCUAUAGUAGUGAAAAUGUAGCCAAUUUAGUAAAACCACACAAAUAUGCUAUUCAAAGUGCAGAAGUUUUUAAUCACAAAUAUAAAUCGGAUACUCAUAAUAAAUUAAUAAAAAUAAAGAAGGCUCAAAAUGUAGUAGAACCAAUCGAAAUAGGUGUAAACAAUUUAACAAAAAAUGAUAAAAUAAGUUCCAAUGAAUUAAAUAAUCCUAUUAUUAGUGAUAAUGAUAAUGAUGUAAAUAAAAUAAGGAGUGAAAAAGGUGUGACGAAAAAUAAAAUAGAAUUAAACUUUUGUUUUGAAGAUUUCUUAUCAUCUGAUUUGAAACAAAAACUUAACCACAGUAAUACUAGCACCAACAUUAGCAGCAGCAAUAGUGUUGAUUUAAAUAAAUUAGAAUGCGAAUUUUCUUUAGAUUUAGAAAAAUAUGUGUUAAACCAUCGUAUCAAUGAAAUAAGUUUAAAAAAUAAAUUAAAAAAUGUUGAAUCGGAGAACUCAAAAUAUGUAGAACAAUCUGAAAAUAUAAAUCAAACAAUACACAUCAAAUCUAAUGAAUGUGAAAUAGUAAAUACCAAUUUGAAUAGUAAUAAAAGUGAAGAUGUAGAAAAUAAGAACCUAUUUAAGGUUGUAAAAGUUGUAGAUAAAGAUAAAUUAUUUUGUUCUAAUCUGUUUUAUAGAAAUCAUAUUAUUAAUGAAAAAAAUGAAAUAAAAAAUAAAGUUUUUAUGAAAACGAUAAAUAUAAAAGACAAAAUUUCAAAUAAAAUACAAGAAAUAAAAAAUAAAAAUACUAAUCUUUUUAGAGCACUAUCUAUGAAUAAUAUUUAUAAAACUGUUUUUCCAAAGGAUAUAUCUUUCCCCAUAUUUGAAAAUGAUUAUACUAUAAAAAAGAAACAAAAAAAAAAUUCAAAUUCUACAACUAUAAAUACAAGUAAAUAUAAUUCUUAUGAAUUAAUUAAAACAAAAAGUUUGAUUUAUAAAAAAAAUUCAAAUUAUUUUUCUAAUCCUGAAUAUCCUACUACUAAGAUAAAUGGAAAAGGUACCAGUGAAAAUCGCCUUAAAAUUGAAGACUUCCUAAACACUUUUGAUAAAAAAAAAAAUUUAAGAAAUUGUUAUAUACCUACUAAUGGAAACAAAGUAUUUUUCAGACGAUCAAAAAGUGCAACAUUAUUCAAAAGAAAUCAUUCAAAAAGUAUAUUACAAAACUAUAAUAAGAAAAUUUAUCAUGGACAAAAUUGUAUAACCAGACAAAUAGGCACAAAUAUAAAAGAGAAAGAAAAAACAUUAAAAAAAUGUGUCUCUAUGGUAAAUGAACAUUUUAUAAAAAAUAAAUUUCCAGUAAAUAAAAGUUUAAUAAAUAAUUCAAUAAUAUAUAAAAAUAACUUUUUAUCAACCCCUUGUUUUAUGUUUGAAAGUACUUUAAAAAAAAAUACUUCAUCCCCAGUAGAAAGACAUUAA